AUGGACCGCAGCUUGGACGAGAUCAUCGCUGAAGACACGCGGAACCCUGGUCGCCCCUCAGGCGGUGGUGGUGGUCCUCGUCGUCACAACAACCCCGGCCGUCGCCCCGAGCGCGAUGGCGUCAGAAAGCCAUACACUUCAGACCGUGUCGAUCUCAACCUCGACUGGGUGCACGACAAAUUUGACGACGACCGAUCCCGCCCGUCCCGUGGAGGCCGCAGAGGUCGCGACGGACAUGACUCCGAUCGCUCUAGCACACUGACCAAGGUUCGCGUGGAUAAUCUUCACUACGACAUCACCGAAACCGAUCUCGAUGAUCUCUUCGGCCGAAUUGGACCUGUUUCUGAACUUAGUGUCUCUUACGACCGCGCUGGACGCUCCGAGGGAGUUGCUUACAUCACAUACGCCCGCCUGAAGGAUGCACACACCUCCAUUAAGGAGUAUGACGGAGCCAACGCCAAGGGCCAGCCCAUCCGUCUUUCUCUCGUCCCCGGCCGCCGUGAACGUAAUCCCCUCGACUCCGCACAGCGCCCUAGAUCCAGCCUCUUGGACCGCGUCGAACGCCCCCGCGACGACCGCAGCAUGAGCCCCGAGGACAACGCAGAUGGCCGACGCCGCCGUGGCCGUGGCGGUGACGGCCGUGCUCAUCGCAGCGACGUCACCAAGCCCGCCCCAGACAACAUCGACCGUUACGUCCCCGGACAACGCUCGCACCAGCGCUCUCCCAACCGCCGUGGCGGAGGCAGACGUGGUGGUGGACGCGACAACCGCUCCCAACAGACUGAUGGAUCCAACCGUCGAUCCAAUGCCCGUCCGCGCAAGACUCAGGAGGAGUUGGACCAGGAGAUGGAAGAUUACUGGGGUGGUGCGAACAACGGCGGUGGUGAAGCAGCUGCACCCGCUCAGGACGUCCCUCAGCAGACUGCUCCGGCCCCCAGCGCACCCGCUGCCGACGAUGAUAUUGAUAUGAUUGAGUAA